AGCUGAUGCACUGUUAACUGUCAGUAGCAUAAAAACCUUUGUGAUGUCUAAUAAUAAAUUUGUAAACCUUGUAUUUUGUUGAUAUAUCAACAAAUACAUAAACGGGUGCCGAUACGCACAGUUCCCCAUGUCGUUCUUUGUCUAGCUGCUGAACGAAGGCAUGCCAAUUACUCUUUAAGUGAUUACAUUAAUCAAUGUGAACUUGGUGCCCUGCCAGAAAUCAGACAGGAAAAUGCAGGAUCAAUUGUUGAGAAACCGCUUCGCAGAGCAACUCCCCACAAGCGUGCCAUCAAAAAGAACACAUAAUAACUUGCAGGAAAAAUCUAAAUUCUACAAACCGUUACCGUGCACACAUUUUUUUGGCGUACUUUGCUUGAUCGUCGUCGUAUUCACUCUAGUCAUAAUCAUUGAGAAGCAAUUACCAGCUGGCUUGAAGAUCGCCAACGAAGCUAAUCAUCCUGAUAGUUUCAUAGCUGAAAGAGCAUACAGGGUAUUGAGAAACCUAACGAAAAUUGGUCCUAGGACUGCUGGGAGCUUUGAGAAUGAAGUGCUUGCCGUUAAUAUACUGAAACAAGAGAUUGAAGGCAUUAUGAAAGAAGCGAACGACCAUCAUGUGAUAGAGAUGGACGUCCAGAGAGCCUCGGGGGCCUUCAACCUGGAAUUUCUCGAUGGGAUGACAAACGUAUAUCAGGACAUGCAAAACGUCGUCGUGAAAGUCGGUUCCAGGAUUGCUUCACCACACAGUUUGCUCAUCAACUGUCACUUUGAUUCGGUCGUAGAUAGUCCAGGUGCAAGUGAUGACGGAGCAAGCUGCGCAGUAAUGUUGGAGAUACUGAGAGUCCUAUCAAAAUCAAAUCGAAUACUAAGGCACAACGUUAUAUUUCUAUUUAACGGAGGAGAAGAAAACUUCAUGCCAGCAUCACACGGGUUCAUAACGCAGCACCGAUGGGCCAAAGAGGUUCGGGUUUUCAUAAAUCUGGAAGCUUGUGGAGCAGGAGGAAGAGAAGUCCUCUUUCAGGCUGGACCUAACCAUCCUUGGAUUCUGGAGACUUAUUCAGAGGAAGUGCCUUAUCCUUACGCUUCAUCAUUGGCGCAAGAGAUAUUCCAAAGUGGAGUGAUACCAGGGGAUACUGACUACAGGAUAUUCAGGGAUUUCGGCAAUCUGUCAGGCCUUGAUUUCGCCUGGUCAUCUAAUGGCUAUGUAUACCACACAAAGUUUGAUACGAUCGAACAAAUACCAUUAGGCUCAUUACAGAGGACCGGAGACAAUAUUUUAGCUUUGGCAAGAGGAAUGGCUCAAGGUCAUUAUAUAGCUGACGUUGACAGAUAUAAACAGGGUAACCUAGUAUUCUUCGACUUUUUAGGAGCUUUUGUGGUACGAUGGACUAUGCCAAUUGCCGAUAUGAUAAAUAUAGUAUCUGUGAUAUUUUCAAUUUAUACUAUUUACGAAAACGCCAAGAAGGUGCAAUACACUGAUGAUAUAAAGGAGAAACAGUACCUGCGGAAGCUGCUUGGUUGUACUCUAACGGCACUAAUAUCCUGGAUACUGUCAGUAUUUGCCACCGUUAUCAUAGCCGCUCUGCUGACGGCCUUCGGGAGGACUAUGAGUUGGUACGCGAGACCGUUGUGGGCUUUUUUCUUAUACGUUAUCCCUACUUUACUUGUUUGCAUGGCCACCGUCCUAUUGCAUGCAAAGCUCUUCAACAGUGAUCUGGACGUGUCUCCGUGGGCAAAGUUUCAAAUAUACUACGACGCUUACCAAGUCAUCUGGACUGUUGUCUUGUUUUUUGGAAUCCUUUUAAGGAUACGUUCAAGUUUUAUAGCAUGGACUUGGACAUUCUUUGCAGCUCUAGGAAACAUUUUGAAGUCAAAAUUAUAUGGCAGAUUCAGAGAUUCGAAAUGGUUAUUGCUACAUAUAUCAGUUAUGGGUCUGCCGUUCGUCCAAUGUUUUUAUCUGAUGAUUGGAGCGCUGUAUCUGUUCAUACCUAUUAUGGGAAGGGCUGGAGCGGGAAGUCAUGCAGAGUUUUUGAUCGCGAUCAUGGUCAGCUCUCUGUUUUCCAUGCUGUUUAGUUUCGUCGUACCUUUGGUACUCCUGGUGAGGGGAGUAGAACGAAUAUUUAGCUGCUUGGUCGGAUUAUUCUGGAUAUCGUUGGCCUUGCUGAUCCUCACGCCAUCGGGAUUUCCGUACUCUGGAGAACCUGGACAUCUUGCACCCCAGCGAUUCAUGAUUGCCCAUACCCAACGGACGUUCAGAGACUCGACAGGAGCUGUCGCAAAUCAGUCUACGGGGUACUGGAUAGCUGAUAUGGAUAUCAACAGUCCGCAUACAGUAGAUAGACACGUUCCAGAUAUGCAAAAAGCAAAUCUAGUCACAACAGACUGUGAUGAGUACCUGUAUUGCGGCUUGCCGUAUAUCGUGCCGGUACUGACGAUGAUAUGGAAGACGCAUUGGCUUCCGGGACCUCCACCUACCAUUCUCACCGCUGUAAACAUGACUGUGAUAAAAAGGGAAAACAUUCCAGGAGGAGAAAGGGUCACUUUGAAAGUAGAAGGACCAACGCACAUAGGGGUGAUGGUGUCUCCUAUGGAAGGAGUAGAACUGACAAGGUGGAGUCUGAAAACUCAGUACCCGUUAGCAGGACCUAAGUGGAAAGGAAGAGAGACAUAUUUUAUUUAUUACGCUUAUGGGUUGAAUCCUGUGCCAUUAGUAUUUCAUAUGGAUUUUAAGGUUCCGUCAGAUCACAAAGGUCCCAUAAUGGAUCUAGCAGUGACAUCGCACUAUCUCUUCGGUAAAGGUAAGGCUUCUCCGUCGCUAAAACAUUUGGUAGCUCAGUUUCCGCAAUGGACAGCUGUCACCUACUGGACGGCCACAUACGAUUCGUGGAUUAUCUAAAUUGCUACGAUACGAUAGAUUGGGAUAGGUUUCAUGAGGAUUACAAAAUCCACAUUAAUGCUGUCCACCCACGCACGAUGGAAGCGAUAGAAGGCUGAUAGUACGUUGUCUAAAUGUCCACAUUUGCUUAUUCUGACAUUUAGACAUUGGACUGUCGAUAUUCGUUUGUAAAUGUGCAGGGCAAGCAAUCGACUGAUGACCGUUUGCACCUGCUUAUGUUGCACCGUCAUAUCUCGAACGGUGAUUAGCUAAGCGUGCUAUGGCUGGCAAUCAUGUAUAUUUUUAGGGUUUUCUACUUUUGAACUAAUGAGCACUGCGCAUCGAGUUAACGCCUUUGGCGCUUUCAGAAAUCCUAAUAUCUGACGGAUGUGAAAUUUUCAUUUAUCACAUUUGUUAUUCGUCAUGAGUUCUGCUGCAAAAAAGCCCCCAAUUAUUUAUUGACAAGAAAAGUCUUUAUUGCUGAACAUGAUAUCCAAAUAUUUUGUUAAGAGAUGAAGAUUUAUUUAGCAUGAUUGCUACAAUAAUUACAUUCGUUUUAGAAAACGACAACUAUUACAUAACGUACAGGUAUGUUUAGAAAAACACAAUUUGC